AUGCAAAAGGUCUACAGUGUACAUCAAUUAACUAGAAGGCGCAUUAGUAAUUCAUUAAAUUUUCAUAUUGAAUGGCUUUUAUUUUUCAAUUACAGAUUUGAGGAAAAGGAAAGUCUGUCAUCAGUGCAGCAAUUGAAGUCAUCUGUACAAAAGGGAAUUCGUGCAAAACUAUUGGAAACGUAUCCACAUUUGGAGACUCACAUUGAUUUGAUAUUGCCUAAGAAGGACAGUUAUCGCAUUGCAAAAUGCCAUGAUCAUAUCGAAAUCUUACUAAAUGGUGCAGGUGAACAAAUAUUCUUCAGGCAUCGUGAGGGUCAAUGGAUGCCAACACUCAAAUUAUUGCACAAAUUUCCAUAUUUUGUUAAUAUGCAGCAAGUCGACAAAGGUGCCAUUCGCUUCGUUCUAAGUGGUGCAAAUAUUAUGUGUCCCGGCUUAACAUCGCCAGGCGCAAUGAUGACACCAGCAGAAAAGAAUACUGUUGUCGCCAUAAUGGCGGAAGGCAAAGAACAUGCUCUGGCUAUUGGUAUAACAACAUUGUCCACCGAUGACAUAGCUAAGGUUAACAAAGGUGUUGGUGUUGAAAAUUGUCACUACCUCAAUGAUGGUCUAUGGAAAAUGAAACCAAUUAAAUAAAGACUUAAAUA